GAAAGGGCAGCCUUGCAGGGAAGGAGUAGUAUGCUCAUUCACAUGCUAGAUUCUCACUGAUACAAAAAGACAGCACUGUAUUAUACGUGUCUGUUUAUUACCAGAACAUGUGGCACAUUUAAAGCAAAAUUCCAACCAUAUAUACAUUUUCCAGACUUUUAUUAUCAUCACCAAAUCAACAUUGAAAAAGAACCCAUUUUUAUUCUCAACAAACCUUCUCUCUCAGUAAUGGCAGAAUCUAAACCAGAACAAAGUGCCUGUCAAUCAGUGGAAGAAGUAAAAGCCCCAAAUUUGAUGGAAAGAGCAAAAGAAGAGGUCACAGCAAUUGCUCAUACUGAUAGGUCUCCAAAACAUCAUAUAGAAACUCAUGGGACAAGUGAUGAUAUUGAUGAAAACACAAAACCUGAGGAAAUCAAAGGUCCUAGUGUUUUUCAAAGAGCUAAAGAAGAAAUUGAAGCACUAGUUGAAGCAAUUCAUCCAAAGAAAGAAUCAUCAUCAUCUGAUGAUCAUUCGAAGAAAGAUGGCGGUGGUUUCUUUGCUUCAAUUGGGAGGAGUUUGGAGAAAGUUUGUUCACCUAAAGGGAAGAAAACUUAAAACUGUUAUGUGAGUGUUUGAGGUUUGAUUUUGAAUCCUUGCUUUUGUGGUGGUAUGGCAAUGAAUGUACUAUAUAUAUACUGUUGAUGAUAACUCUGAUUUGACGUUCCGAGGAUUAUAAAAACUUGAAGUUUCUUAUCAUAUGUUGUUCAUUGAUAAUGUUAAUGAUUGUCGAGUUGAUUAUACAGUUACAUUGGAGUUGCUUGACAUAAGAUGUAGUGUACAUUUGGUUUUGGAAUGUUUAACUGAGAUAAUUGCCUUAGCUAGAUAGCCAUAAUGUGGUAGAUAGCUAUUUCGUAUCCACUGGAUAUGCUUUGAUCACAGUGACUCUUCUAUUCAUAAAUUUAGCAAGAAGGGAAGCCGAGACACUCUAUUCAGGUGAUCUGCUUUAUUCAGCAAUUCUGUUUCCAGGAUAUGUUGCUGUUUCCUUUUGAGUUGAUUGUACGGUUACAUUCGGGUUGAUUGACACUGGAUGUAGUGUAUCUUUGGUUUUGGAGUAUUUAGCUUAGAAUCUAAGAUAAUGCCUUGGCUAGAACUAUAAAAAUGCAGGCAUAGCCAUAAUGUGACCUUUAAGGUUCACUGAACACCUUCUUUGAUUUAUUCAUAAAUUUAAGUAAGAAGGGAAGCCGAGAUGCUCCAUUCAGGUGAUCUGCUUCAUUCUGCAAUUCCGUUACCUUGUUAUGUCGGUGUUUCCUACUUUUGAAAUGCUGAAAUUGCUAUGGCAUAUUUCAAAUAUGGGGUGAUGGCAAUUGAAUAUUUUGAUUUAUUUUUGUUGACCUCUGUAUGGGAACCAUGGAGUUUGUAUUCUUGUUUCAGUGUCUUUGCCUUGUUGCCCUGAACUUGACAGGCGGCAAUUGGUGAUGAUGCCGUGUGCAGUGAACUUGGUUUGUUAUCUAGUUUUUGAUAGGCGCCAAUUAUUGAUGGUGCGCCUUAUUGCCCUGAACUUGGGGACUAUUAACUAGAUUUUCACGAUGCUGAUGAUAAUACGGAAUGUGGCAAAAUAAAAGAUAAUGUGGAAAGCAAAUUGAACGGUUGCGACUAUGGGGUUGUGGCCUUGUGGGGCAAGUGUCUCAAUAGUGGUACAUUACAGCAGCUAUGUAAGAUGACUCACAAGGUGUCUGUAAUGACAUAAUAGACUGCAGAAUGCAGUAUAGAGAGGGAUGGUUCAAUGUAUGUAAAUUUUGUACUAUUGCAGAUUCACAACCAUGAUACAGCUAUAAGGAGAACCCUUGACUACUCUCUCUAUAGGUCAUUGCAAAAACAGUUCUUUGCAUAUGACUUAAACUUGUAACUACUGGGAUGAAAUGAAUCCACCUCUGAAAUCUGAAUUGAUUGACUGAAUGAAUCUAGUAAAUGAAGACAGUUUCUUAUAUUCAGUAAUUUCAAAGCUGUCACAGGAAAAAACAUUUAACUGAUUUGGUAAUUUUUUGCCAUGAUGAUUUAAAGAGCAAACAAGAGGACAGACAGUACAACUAAAGGUGAAAAAGACAGAUGAUUGCAGGAUUUCUGUAAUGACAUGUUGUAGUACCAUCACUUAAAUUCUUGAUCUUUGUUGACUGAAAAUCUAACUAAUACUACCUUGUUUUAUCUUCUGUUUUUUACUGCAACAAAUUGCAGUAGAAGCUUUAUCAGAAGUUUCUUUCUCCAUUUAGUGAAAGACAACUGUUGCAGUCAGGAGGAUAGUCUAGGAUAUUUAUUUUCUUUACUAAGUUCUUCUUCUAAAAGGCUAUGGUUUAAGUUGACUGUGUUUUUCUGAUGAAGCAACUAACACUUUACAUAGACUUGGAAUCCAAGUGAGAAGACUACAGUACAAGGUCAUUUCACUUUCACUUCCUUCUGGAAUCCCAACACAAAUAACAUCCAUCAAGUGUGAGUGAUUUCAAAAUUCUUAAAGUCCCUCUACUUUUCUCCUUUAAAUUCUUAAAGUCCUUCUGGAAUCCUUCACCCUCACUUUCAAAGACUUGAGUAGCUUAGAGUCAAAUCUACAACAUCUUCAUGUGGGUUCUUCAGGGACAACAGAAGAGAAGAAUCAGGGUUCUAGUUGCAGCAUUUUUGCUACUAAUGUGCUGGGUUUCUGCAUCAAGUAGGAACAUUGAGGCUCAUCUGCAAGAUUUGAAGAGCUACAAAAAAGAUAACCAUUCCUUCACAGGCCAGAGUACAGAAGUCUUGCCAGCUAGAGUGGAAUCUACACAGGGGUCUGAGAAGGAGGUAGUAGUUGCAAGUGAAGAAGCAUGUGAUGGGUUGAGCACACUUGGAUCAAGGCCUCCAAGUUGUGUGCACAGAUGUGAAGGUUGCAACCCAUGUGCAGCUAUACAAGUGCCUACACGAACUGAUCAAUUGAAUCUUCAGUACGCGAAUUAUGAACCAGAAGACUGGAAAUGCAAAUGUGGAAAUGAUUUCUUCGACCCAUGAAUAGAUCAAACCUAGAAACCCCCUCUUUUUUUAAUCGCGAACGUAAAAAACCAAAUUUCAUUUCUUUGGUUUUGAUAUCUAUUGUAAGAAUCUUUGUACACGUUCAUAUAUCGAGUACAAUAGAGAAAUUUUGUUAAAUUCAAAUGCAUUCAGAGUA